GACCUCUUCAACCCUGGCAUGCCUGCGUUAUGAAAUGGGAACAAACUAACAGCAGCCGUGUCAAGAGAGAGAGAAAAAGAGAGAAAGAGAGAGAGACAGAGAGAGAGAGAGAGAGAGAGAGAGAGAGAGAGAGAGAGAGAGAGAGAGAGAGAGAGAGAGCAAGAGCAUCCUCAGCGCCUGUACGUUGGCUGCUCAGACUCUCCAAGGAGGCUGCGAUGGAGACAGGAUGAAACUGACGGGGUAUUUUUCGGAGGAAAGUCCCUCCGGGGUGUCGGUACUUGGCAGUUUUCAGGGGUGCAUCACAACCAGAACCGUAUACUAUUUAAGAAAAAAGGGGGACUGUAUUACCAUUUUGUCGAUGCCUGAGGAUUAUGGACCAUUAAAAUAACGACCGACGGUGUAGCGGUUUGGAUAACUGCCUGUGGACUCUUUCCUCCUGUUCUUCUCUUUAUUUACUACAGUUAACACAUUUUUUUUUUUAACGUGUUAGUGUUUGGGCAUUUCAUUGAAUUUAGCGCCCUUUCGACGUGGAGGAUAUUCCUGGCACGUCAUCUUUUGUUGUUGCUGGACAUAGACGUGUAAGGUGCACAAACCUGUGGACGGUUUCUCUCACAGUAUGAUACAAUAUUUUAACAUAACCGUAAUUUUUGGUGUUACGCUCUAUUGCGCAUGCCUAGUGGUAGAUACACAACACUGCCCGACGCCACUUCGCUCCGUCCUGGUCGUGAUGUAGGAGCAAAAGUAAAAGGGAGCGGAGGACUGAAUAAAAAUGCGUUGGCAAAGUGGCAGCGUGGCGACCAAAGGAUUUGACCUGAGAUCCUUCACGAAAUAGACUGUGCCCGAAACUGAAGAAUGUCAGGGACACCAAAUGCAGACGCUGAAGGAGUAGUCUCCAAAGUACAAGUGAAAAAGGAGAUCAAGACAAUCGUGGAGAAUUUGGAAACCAUCCUGGGAGACCUCAAGGAUGUAGCCAAAGAGCUCAAAGAGGUUGUUCAUGAGAUUGACACCCUGACUUGUGACCUGCAACUGGAGGAGGACGGACUGACAGACAGCUCUAAGACGGACACGCUCAACUCCAGUUCGAGUUCCACCACCACCACCACCACUGCUUCCAGCCUAGAGAAGAUGAAGCUCUUCCCCGAUGACUGCAUCUUUAAAACACCUGCGCCCAUCAUCCCGGUCCCUGUCACCCCUCCUGCAGUACUGACUGUACUCAAGAAACCCCACCCGCCCCUACCACCUCCGAGACAUACCACGCUAAGAGCCGAGGAUCACAACAUUAAGAAUCUGCCUCAUCCAACAUUAGUGUUAUCAGGGAAUAUAUCCAAGGCUAACGGGUCUCUGUUGAGGAAUGGCGGGGUUUUCCCGUUGAAACCAAACAGGGAUUUAUUCUCCUCCACACCGUGUUUCAUUUCUAGUGACAGCGGGAUCCCUGAGUCGGGGCUUGUUCCUACAUUGCCUAGACCCAUGCCACUACUCCGUCAUGAAAAGAACAAAUGCCCCAAGGCGCCCGGCAGGGAGCCUCGCGAGAGGGAGCGUGUCCGUUUCAGUGAGAAGGUCCAGUACCACGGUUACUGUCCUGACUGUGACCUCCAAUAUGAUGUAGACGACACAGAACUACACUUACAGGCUGAGCUGAAUGACUUGAGGCUCAGCCCAGUGCAUUGCUGCUCUUCCUCCUCCCCUCCUCCACCUCAUGCUCUUCCUCAUGAUUUAAUGUUGGAAAACGGUGGCCUCUCCGUCAGCCACAGUUUCCCGCCGACAGCAAAUACUCCUCCACCUUGUGUGCCUCCUCACCCACCUUCCCUCAAGCCCCAGAAAACAAUCCUACGCAAAUCAACCACCACAACGGUUUGACACACAAUCCCUUGUUCUGUCCAACUUAAACAUUCUUGAAUCAUUCAUAGUGUUUUCUAAUUUAAGAGUGCUUUCUACUCCAGUUGAACUUUGGAUUAUCCAAACAGAGAGAGAGGAAAGGAUGGAAAAUAGGAAACAAAAGGAUGGAUAAAGUGAGUGGAAUAGUGAGAAAGGCACUGCCAUGCCACUGCUAAGACGUACGCAGACAGAUCAGCAAGAAGCGGACCCAUUGAGAUACUUGAGAUACGAGUGGGAGGGAUGCUUGUUUCAUACACUGAUCGACCCUGGUUGAUCGGGGACGGAGGAGCCACAGCUGAGGCCAAGCAUCAACCUUCUCUUACAUAAAGCACUAAUGGCUCUCAAUCAACUGGAGACAUGAUCUUCUAGACAAAUUCAUACUUGGACUUUUGAGCACUAAACAACCACCAGGCUCAUGUUACUGUGAAACUGAAGCAACAGCAAGGGCAGUCACUGUAUGUAAGUGCAUACAGAUAGAUGAAGUUAUAGUUGUGGAGGGGGUAUUUUUGUUACAUAGAAAUUGUUGAAUUAAAGAUUAGAACGCUGCUGAAACCCUAUCAUCAAAAGUGAAGAGGCAAGUUUGAAUGAAGAAGUACAAGAUGGGGUGAAAUGAUGUCAGCCACUAUGUGAUUCAUGUCGACACAGACUUCUCUGUGUAUACUCAGAUGGAAAUCAAUAGCUCCACUCAACCGAUGGAAUUUGCCUUUUAAGAAUUGUAAUUGUUUGUGUCGUGAGAGUCUGACAGGUCUGCCUGUGAGCAAAACAAUGCUCUGCUGGACUGCAGAUAAGGAGAAAGUGAUAUUCUGUCAGCGCGUGCCAUAUGCACAAAUCACAGCGUAUUUUGGAAAGACUAAUGGUUUGAAAUGAAUGAUGACGUGGUCACUGAUCUGUGUCCAGACAUUAUGUUCAUUACAUCAAAAUCUAUGUGCUAAAUUGGUGCCAUGCAAGCUAUGUUUUUUUCCACGAUAACAUGCAGAAAUACAGAACAGUGUGGCAUAGUUACAGCUUUAAAGGAUCCUUGAAGAAGUAAUAAUUUGCAUCAGAUUUUCUUUGUAUACAAAUAUACAUGUACAUGUUUGAUAUCUCUAUAUUUCAGGCAUUUUUCUACAGAGACUUUAACAUUUAAAGAGAUGAUAUUUUUGAUAUUGUUGUGUUGGAUGACUGAGAGGUAUUUUGACGAAAGCUGACAUUCCCUCGAGGUACGUGUUUUUCAGCAGAGCCUAGCAGGAUGAGUUAUUUAUAUAUAGCAACAGAAUAGAGUUUGUAUGGUUGAAAAACAAGUGCUUCAGUAUUAUCACUUCAAGAAACUUAACAGAACGGGCUGUACCAUGAGAAAGAAAAUGUAAGGUGGAGAAGAUGAAUGGCGUAAACCAAAUACCUAGUUGUGCUUUAUCAGACAGGAGGCAUGGGACUGAAUGAAUGCAUGACUGACUCUUCACUUUGUCCUGCCAUCACUGUGUAUUUCUAUGCAUUUCUGUGGAGAGGCUGUCUGUUGGUGGGUCCAACAUGCAGGGUGCUCUGCUCUCCAUGAUACAGAGUUAAGGAGUAUUCCCUCUCAUUUCCUCAUAUGAUGUCCAUCAGGUUGAUUCUGCAGUCACUAUAAACCUGACAAAUUUCCUGGGUAUUACCACGCUGCUUAGGCCAAUGAGGCAUCGCUAAUUAAAUAAAACUAUUAAAAGUUUAUUUAUACAGCACUUAUCAAAACCAGAGAUUACAGAGUGGUUUAUAAGGACAAGAUAAAAAUAAAGAAACAGAGAACAAAAAGGAAGAAUUCUAAUAUGUAUAUAUAGAGGUGAACUUUUUUAGAAGCCAUUUUGGAUCAAUAAAAGGGUGAAAAACGUACAUUGGAGAGCAACAAAAAAUUCUUUAAUACACACAGCCUCUCUCCACAUUCAGACUGGAGACACCACACUUGUAAACUCCACCUCUCACUGGACACAGAGACUGAAUUAGUGACCAAACUCUGGAUCAAUCAAGAAUCAGUUUUAAAGAUGAUUGGGGAAAAAAAGCUGUCAGUGAUAGUUUGUUUUGUGUCCACAAACUGUUGGAAAAAAACUUGUGAAAAAGUAAACACUUUGCACUUAA